GGGCAGCUGGGGACCUUGGUCAGCUUGCUCCAGGAGCUGCAGUGGUGGCGUGAUGGUGCAGAUGCGGCCAUGUCUUCCAGGGUACUACUACGAGAGGCCCUCCCACAAUCCUGGGCAGUACUCUGCUUCGGGGAGGGCACUGGCUCAUCUCCAGCAGCUCCCCCAGGAAGACUCUCUGCCUCCUUUCUCUGGCCACGUCAUCUCAGCCAUCCGGACCUCGGUGCCUCUUCACAGAAACGAGGAACCGGCGCGAGCUGCCCUCUCUUCCUCCGGAGGAGGCCGCAAUGAGAGCUAUUGGAGCCGAGCAACCUCAAGAGGGGGUCAAGUUUCCCAGUCUCGGAGACGUAGCCCCAAAUCAGAAAGAAGAGGCCGAAAGAAAAGCUCCAUUGGACCCGGGAAAUACGGCUAUGGAAAAGUUCCCUACAUUCUCCCACUGCAGACGGACACAGGACAAUCGGCACAUAAGCCCCGAAAGCAACGCCAGUCCAUGCAGCCUGCACCCAACCAACAAGGGACUGGUGGCACCUCCCCUUUUGCCCAUCCAGGUAACCCUUCCCAUCACCAUCAUCCUGGAGGAACGUACCCAGGUGACCACCGAUCUUCUCCAGCCAGGACUCAGGUCAUGAGCAGCUCUUUCUAUCAACAACCGGGCUCCCAUUUUCAAACCUUCCCAGCAGCACCUCAAAGUUUGUUCCAGGGCAUAGAACGGAGCAGGCAUCUCCCUGGAGCUUCUCAUCCCACCAUCCAAGGGCAGAUGUCCACUCAGCCGGCUGCAGCAAUUGUGUGCACUGGGGCCUACAAGCAGUACAGACUCUGCAAUACGAACGCCUGCCUUGAGAACAGAAACAUCAGAGAGGUGCAGUGUGCAUCGUAUAACAACAAGCCAUUUAUGGGCCGUUUCUAUGAGUGGGAGCCAUUUGCUGAAGUGAAGGGAAGCCAGAAAUGUGAACUCAACUGCCGAGCUGUCGGCUAUCGCUUCUAUGUGAGACAGGCGGAGAAAGUGAUAGAUGGAACGCCAUGCGAUCAAAAUGGAACCUCCAUCUGUGUGUCGGGGCAGUGCACGACCUUUGUAGUGUGCGGCUCCACACUUUGUGGGAAGAGAAGGGGGCCCUUGAAAGCAAACCUGAUUUUUGCAUUCAGAUAA